GGUGCGGGAGGUCUCGCUCUCUAUGACCCUGGAGGUCUAAUCCGCCAUGACCCCGGAGGACUCUCUCAAUGGCGGCCGCGCUCUGCCCCCAGGGCCGCAUGUCCCGUCGCUCCCCGCGGCCGCGCUAGUCCCGUCGUUCCCGCGGCACGCUGGCUUCCGGCGCGGCCGUUAAGAUGGCGACGCCCAUGCACCGGCUGAUUGCCCGCAGACAGGCGGAGGCAAACAAGCAGCAUGUGAGGUGUCAGAAGUGUUUAGAGUUUGGCCACUGGACCUAUGAGUGUAAAGGGAAGAGAAAAUACCUGCACAGGCCUUCAAGGACAGCUCAGCUGGCCAAAAUCCUUAAGGAGAAAGAAAAGCAGCUCCUGCUGCAACAGAGCGCUGGAGAAAGUGCUGCAGAAAAGAAGACCAAGAAAAAAAGGUCCAAGAGUGUGACCAGUUCCAGCAGCAGCAGCAGUGACAGCUCAGCCAGCAGCUCCUCCUCCGACAGCGACGACUCCUCUUCCUCCUCCUCCUCCUCGGACAGUGACAGUGAGGACAGCAACUCCUCCUCCUCCUCCUCCCCCUCCUCCAGCAGCUCUUCCUCCUCCUCCGACUUCGAGUCGGAUUCCAGCUCCUCCAGCAGCAGCAGCAGCAGCACAGACAGCAGCUCUGAGGAUGAGCCCCCAAAGAAGAAGAAGAAGAAAUAGCUGGGGAGGUGCAGGACUGGUUGGAGCGAGUGACACUGCCCUGCCAGGGCUGGAGCACACGGCUGCCAGUGGUCAACCCUUCUGCUGCUCCCAUUCCUUAGUGUUCUGCAUAGUUGUUCAUAGGACAUGCAAGGGAUUAAAUGGCACGUGAGACUUACUGAGAGAGUAUUUUUGUGGUUUAUCCUUUUAUGGAAGAUUUUACUUUUUUAGCUCCCAAAAAAAAAAAAAAAUUCUAUCAUCAGAUUUGUUUAUAAGAGCUGAAGUCCAGUAGCAGCUAAAGCUGGAUGUUUACAUGCUGCAAAGCAAAAGCUUUUUUUUUGUUGUUGUUGCAGAUUAUGCUGUGCAUCAUGUGCUGUUCCUCUGUUAAUGACAGCUUCACUUCCAUUGAGAAAAAUCCUCUAAACUGUUAAAAGCAGAAGUUUUUCAGUGCUGCUGUGGAGCUCUGGCAUUGUUGAACCUGAAUGUCCACCAUGUCCCACACAGAUCCUCCCACCUCACUGAGGUUCUGUGCUGCUGAGCUUGUGUUCCAGUGGCUUUUCCUGCAGCUUCCAGCUCCAGUCUGCACUGCACCACCCGCUGAGCUGUGUAGGUUUGUCCUGCUCAGUGUCUGCUUGUGCUGCCCUUGCCUGCCCUGUGUGCUUGGUGCUGUGCUGGAGCUGUUGCUGAGACACGGGGCUGGUGUGGCAGAGCUGCAGCUCACUGAAUCGGGGCUGCUGCUGCUUUAGCAGUUUCAUCUUUGUGCCUUUUUUUCUGUAAAUUCAGUGUACCCCAGAGACAGGGGCUGGGGUGGGUGUUCUGCACAGCUCCAGCAGAAUAUCCCCAUCUGUUACAUGGGCAGCAAAACCAGAGAAUUCAUUACAAACACAGCUGGGCACUGUUCUCUCUGGAUGCUCAGUAAAAAGAGACUCCCUGAAGGGAAGGUCUCAAGGGAAAGUGCUCCCCUCUGGAUGUGCUUCCCGAGGAAUGUGUGAAUGCAGGAUUGCCAGCUGUGCUGGGUGCCAGUCUGCAGGAAUCCCCUCGUUCUUUGCCUCCAGUCUGCAGGAAUCCCCUCGUUCUUUGCCUCCAGUCUGCAGGAAUCCCCUCGUUCUUUGCCUCCAGUCUGCAGGAAUCCCCUCGUUCUUUGCUUGUGGGAAUGGCCCUGGAGCAGCAAGUGAGUGCAAACCCCACAAACCCAACAAAAGCAGAUCCAAACACGCUGCAGAGCAGGGAUUGCUGGAUGCAGAGUGGGAGUUGUCUGGUGGAUUGAAGCAGUUGCAGUUAGUGUUUUAUUUGGUGAUGCAGUCUCCUGAAUUUCUUAUCCUUGGAGUGCCCUUUUGGGGAGGGGGCAUCACUUGAGGAAGAAUUCUCAAGUAUCCUGAUUUAGGUUAAAUACAGUUACUAAACAAUUUUUUAUAUUUUUAUGGAAAGACUAGCGUGUAGACUUACUUUGGAAUAAACUGUACGUAUUUAAAUGUUUGAAAAUCCCCAUGUUGUGUGUCUGUCUGUGAGCACUCCUGUGUUUUACAGAACACGCUGCAGGCUGUAAAUAAAACUACCAGAAAGGUGUUCAA